GCUCACCGCUGUGACUGCUAAGGUGGAAAGAAGAAGAUACAUGUUUAUUUUGUUAUGUUUUCAAAACAUAUUUGAAAUAAAAUAAAUAAUAAAAACAGACAAAUACAUGCCACAUGUAUGUAUAAUAUUUGGUUGAAAAGAGUAUGAUAAUUGAGGUGGCAAUGUCUUCGAAGAAGAACAGACUAAACACCGAUUUUCCAGCCACGGAGGAAGCUGCUGGCUUGGAAUCUCAGGAAACGCAGGAAAUUGAUGUAACCGAGGAUUUGGCCUUGGAGCCAAUGGCCUAUCUACAAGGCCUGAAUUCGGGCAACUUGAUGCAAUUUAGUCAGCAAUCCGUGUUGCGCGACAUGAUGCUACAGGAUAUCAAGUCACAGAUCAGCUCACUGCCCAAGCUGAUAAAUCACAAUAAUGGUGACUAUCACUUUGGCAUGGUGCUCGAUGAGCCGCCAAAAUCCCACUGGAUGUUCUCGCUGCCAUUGAACAAACUCUACAUACGCAUGCAUAAAACCUUCAAUAUUGAUGUCAAAUUUAAAACAAAAUUGCCAAUUCAACCAUUGAAUUUGCGUGCAUUCCUGUGCUUUGUCAAGGAUGUGAGUGGACCUGUGUUGCGCUGCCAGAAUCAUCUGAGCACCGAUCCCAUCAGGGACAAUCAGGGUAUGCGAGAGAGUCUGCUGCGCUGCGAGAAUCCAAACACAUCGUAUUGUGGCACGAGUCAGGGCAAGAGCAUUGAGGAGCGUUACUCGGUGCUGGUGCCUCUGAAUAUGAGUCGAUCCAGCCAUUUGGGUGGAGGAUUUGUUCGACAAACGCUCGCUUUCAGUUUUGCCUGCCAGAAUUCAUGUUUCGGGCGCAAGGAAACCUGUUUGGUCUUCUGCUUGGAGAACACCACCGGUGAUGUGCUCGGACAGCAGGUGUUAUGCGUAAAAAUAUGCACCUGUCCGAAACGCGAUCGUAACCAAGAUGAACGCCAUUUGGAGAGCAACAAGUGCAAAACGCCUUCGAUUGCAUCGGAAGAUGAGGAAUCCAGCGCCAAGAAGCGGCGUCGUCGAACUCUGCCAACGGAUGUUAAGGAGGAGAACGAGAGCAAUGAUAGCACCGAUGUCCAACCUGUACCAUCUGACUGGGAAGUUACGCGUUCACUUGAUGGCGACUAUCGUCUGGUCGUCAAGUGUCCGAAGAAGGAGCUGCUCCUGCAGAGCAUCGAGGGCAUGAUCGAGAAGACGGCUGUCGAACUCCUGCGAAAUCCACAUAAUAUAAAAAUACGACAACAUGCCAAUCAUUUGCUCAGCUUGAAAAAAAGCGCUCUGAAGUUGACUUAGCUUCAGAUAUGUGUGGAAGCCCAAAUUACUUAAUUGAAACACUUAAAUUACGGACGAUGACGAGGAUGAAUUUGAAAGUGCCAAUUUUUGUUAAAAUUAUUACCUUAUGACAAAGUACAAUUUAUUGACAAUAAUUUAUAAAUAAUAAGUAUUUAAUUUGCUGCAUCAAACGUUGAUGUAUUCUAAGUAUUCUCUGGCAAUAAGUUUCAAAUUGAAUUUUAACUUUAAUACACUGAAAAAUAUGAUGUGAAUACGAAAUUCUCACUGAAAAACAUAUAUAUCUUUUUGCCAAAUUGUCUAAAACUGUUUCGGGCUAAGCCAAGUUAUCAUUUUAAAAGAAUUUGAAAAUCAACAGAUUUUUCCUGAUUACUUUGGAGUAAGAUAUUCAGUUCUUACUUAAAUUAAAUAGGUUUCUUAAUUAUAAACCAUAUAUCGCAUUCAAAUACAAGUAAAUCCUAACAGUUAUCAGUUAUCUAAAAUUAACUAAAUUGAGUAAAUGAGAUUUGAGUAUGUUGAAGUUGAUUUGAUAAAUAAUAUAUAAUAUAUACUUUAUAAAAGAAAGUACAAA